GGAGGACAAGAACACUUAACUCUACAAGUCACUUGCAUUUAACUCAUACCUACCAGUGAGACCUUCUAAGAAAAUUAUUCAGUGCGCUCAUACAUGCUUAUAUAGAUCACCAAUGAGCAAGUAACUUUAGAUAAAGAUCCAAGGAGAAAUGGAGAAACUAGAAGAAAGCUUGUCUGAGGUUAGAGAAACAUUCAAAAGUGGAAAAACAAGGAGUGCUGCAUGGAGGAAAACACAGCUUAAAGCUUUGAUUAAGCUUCUGAAAGAUAAUGAGAAUGAAAUCUUCCAAGCACUUAAUCAAGACUUGGGAAAGCACCCUGCUGAAGCUUAUCGCGAUGAGAUUGGGGUGGUUUUCAAAUCAGCCACUUAUUCUUUGAGCAAUAUAGAGAAAUGGAUGGCUCCUACAAAGCGUCAUUUGCCGCUGCUUUUCUACCCUGCAAGUGGAGAAGUGAUACCAGAACCAUUCGGUGUAGUUCUGAUUUUUGGUUCCUGGAAUUUCCCUCUCUCACUGUCUUUGGACCCGUUAAUAGGAGCAAUAUCUGCAGGAAACGCUGUGGUACUGAAAGCUCCGGAACUGUCACCAAAAUGCUCUUCAUUUCUCGCAAAUACUAUCCCUAAAUACUUGGAUCCCGAAGCCAUUAAAAUCAUUGAGGGUGGAGUAGAUGUCUCUGAACAGCUUCUACAGCAGAAGUGGGAUAAGAUAUUCUUUACUGGAAGUCAACGUGUUGGAAGCAUUGUAAUGGCUGCAGCUGCAAAGCAUUUAACACCUGUUACGCUUGAACUGGGUGGAAAAUGUCCUGCUAUUGUGGACAUGGCCUCCAUUUCAUCAGAAAUGAAGGUAGUAGCCAAAAGAAUAGUAGGAGGGAAGUGGGGACCUUGUGCUGGACAGGCAUGUAUUAGCGUAGAUUAUGUGCUUGUCGAAGAGAAGUCUUCUGCUUAUCUGAUAGACUCAUUGAGGAGGAUUAUCAGAAAGUUUUAUGGUGAAAAUCCGAAAGAGUCAACAAGCCUUAGCAAAAUUGUAAACAGGAAAAACUUUAACAGAUUAUGUGGUCUUCUUAAAGACCCUCUGGUUGAAGCUUCCAUCGUUCAUGGUGGUUCAAGCGAUGAAGAAAACCUGUUCAUUGAGCCAACAAUCUUGUUAAACCCUCCACUCGAUUCAGAGAUAAUGACGCAGGAAAUUUUUGGUCCUUUGCUUCCAAUAAUCACAUUGAAUAAUAUUCAAGAAAGCAUUGAAUUCAUAAACUCAAGGCCAAAAUCUCUUGCCAUUUAUGCCUUCACAAAGGAUGAAACAUUCAGGAAACAAAUUGUAACACAAACAUCCUCUGGAAGUGCUGUUUUCAAUGAUACCAUGGUUCAAUUUAUAUGCGAUGUAUUGCCAUUUGGGGGUGUUGGUCACAGUGGAUUCGGAAGGUAUCAUGGGAAGUAUUCUUUUGAUACUUUCAGCCAUGAAAAAGCAGUCAUGCAAAGAGGUUUCUUUCCUGAGAUUGAGCCAAGGUAUCCUCCAUGGAAUAAUUUCAAGCUUGAAUUCAUCAGAACAGCUUACAGAUUUGACUAUCUUAGAUUGUUAUUACUGAUCCUGGGACUUAAAAAAGAGUAGGCAUUUUGUUCCAAGAUUGAAUUAGCCAGGUUUCAAGACAUUGAGCUGCACUUCAAGUUCUUUAUUGUAAUCUUAUGAUACUGAUGUGUUAAAUUAGUCCCGGGUCAAUGCUUUAUAGUAAACUUGUCUGGUAAAAUUUAAUAAUGAUAGUCGAUUGGGAUAAGGAUAA